AAUUAGAUGCGAUGUUUAAUUCAAUUAUUUCAAAAUUAUCAAAUGAAAAAUAUGAUAUUAUUGCUAAUGAUAUUUUGAAUAAGCUUGAAAAUUCAUCAUUUUCAGUUAGAAAUAAUACAAACGAUAAUAUAAUAUUUUUAAUUAAUUUGAUCAAUACCUUUCUUUGUAAAUCUAAUUAUGAACAACUACGUAAAUUGGAAAAAAAACUUCCUAAUUUACUUUGUGGAAUUGGUGGUAUAGCAGAAUUAAUAAAUAAAGUUAAACAUGGAAUACAAAUAUUACGAAUAUUGAAAUUUCUUAUCUGUCAUAGAGCAUUUUCGUUUCAAAGCAUGGAUAUUGGAUUGGUUUUAUCUACAGUGAUAUCAUUAAUAUUACCUAAACGACAAUAUGAAUUGAGUGAAGAACAAGAGUUUAAAGAAUUAUUUGAAGAAAUCUGUUAUUUACUUUGUGAUAUACUUAUGCAUCGUCGUGAACAAUUAUAUCACACAAUACCAACAUUCAUAUUUAUUAUACAAACAAUGUUUCAUUGUUUCAAAAAAACUCAAAAAUCGUUUAGAGCGAAUUUUAAAGAAGUACAACAAAAAGAACACCAAGGAAGAUAUAUUUCAUGGUGGGAAGAACACUUAAAUAAUCCAUUACCAAUAGAAAGUGCGAAGAUAUUUUCAAGAUUAUUAACAACAAUUUCAUAUAGUAAAAAAUCAAAUAAAUCAAAUUUUAAUAAUAAGGCUUUUGUUAAACAUAUUCCUUCAUUAUUAUCAGAGUAUAUUUACAUACAAACAAAGAAUAAUAUAUUAGAAGCAAAUAUAAGAGAUACAUUAAAGAAUGGAACUUAUUCUUUAUUAGAUUUAUGUGGACAAUUUGAAAGAGAUAUGAUUAUGGUUAAUUUAGAUGUAGUUGGUAAAAAUUUAUUUAAAAAUUUAUGGAUUGAUUAUAAUAAAGAAUGGAAAUAUGUAGGAAGGGGUUA